AUGUCAAGUGGAGAGACAGUGGCUCCCGUUCUCUCCUCAUAUCAAGAUGAAAGUCAUUUUAAUUCAUUUGAUAAAUUUAAACUGAAGGAUAAACUUAGGCAGCAUUUAGGAGAUGUGAAAAAUCGAGAUGAGCUUGUGGAUCGCAUCAUUGAUUACUAUAGUUUAAAUGUGUUAGCUGAUUAUUUGAAGACGGAGUCUCAAAAAGACGGCGAAAAAGGCUUCUCUAGAAAAUUCAAGACAGUAACACUUCAGUUCCCUGAUUCUUUGAUUAGCGAUUCUGCUAUAAUAACCAAUGAGCUUCAAAAAAGAUUGGAAUUGACGCUGUGCAACAUCAAUAAUCAUGAGCAGAAGAGAUGUAAGGAGGGAAGCUGCUGUUCUAGAGUUGAUAUGGAAGACUUUCAAUCUCAACGACUUUGGAUAUUAGCAGAUACAUCCUAUUCACCCUGCUGUAUAGAUGAAGUUGCAGCUGAGCAUGUUAAUGGCGAUCUCGUUGUACAUUUUGGAGAUGCUUGCUUAAACCCCGUUGACAAGAUUUCAUCAGCUUAUGUAUUUGGUAAGCCAAUUAUGAAUAUUGAAAAGGUAGUACUGCUUUUUAAAGAGAGGUAUAGUGAUAAAAAUCUGAAAAUAUUAUUAAUGGCAGAUGCACCUCAUACGUUUCACUUACGAAGCAUAUAUGGCGAAUUAAGAAAAGAAUACCCUAAUUUAAGUUAUGCAGAUUUAAGUUUAGCUGAUAAUCCCAAAGCUGUUAUUUUGGGGUACGAACCUUUCAAAGCCGAUGAUACAACACCGUUGCUACUAAACAGAUUUGCUGUGGGAUCAAAUAAAGUAGAGAGCUUAACAGACGUUGAUUUAUUUCAUAUAACGUUUCCUGAAGCACCUCGUUUAUUACAGCUAACUACAAAAUUUAAAUCUCUUACCAUAUAUGACACGAUUCACAAAAAAAUCUCGCUGGGCCCAUUUCCCAGCUUAAUGCGUCGCUAUCGUCUUCUUCAUUUGGCAAGAUCGGCUGGCACCAUCGGACUAUUAGUCAACACUUUAUCAUUGGCCAACACAAAAGACUUGAUCAAUGCAAUUACCAAGAGGAUAAAGGAAUCAGAUAAAAAGCAUUAUAUAUUCGUUGUCGGCAAACCUAAUGUUGCGAAGUUGGCUAACUUCGAAAACAUUGAUUUGUGGUGUGUUUUGGGCUGCGACCACCAGGGAAUCAUCAUUGACGAUAAUCAAGAGUACUACAAACCUAUUGUUACGCCAUAUGAAUUAUUUUUGGCUUUAUCAGAAGAAUUAGAAUGGACGGGGCAAUGGGUGACAGAUUUUAGGAGGGUUUUAGAAGACUUCGAAGCUGAGCAAAACAAAGACAAAACGCAUCGCGAAGAAGUAGAUCCUGAUGCACCAGAAUUUAAUCCUGUCACUGGACAGUAUGUCAGUACUUCAAGACCCUUAAGGGCAUUAAGGCAUCUAGAAAUAUCCAACACAACUGAGGACUCUAAACUGCUUCCUAAGGGCUCCCAAGCUUUGUCUUCCAGACCUAAUGGGGGUGCUGUUAUGAAGAAUACUGUAUCGACAUCUGCUUCGCAUUUGCAAGGAAGACAUUGGACAGGAUUGGGAAGCGAUUUCAAUGAACAAGAAGAAGAUAGCAGCAAAGGAGCAACUCUUGAAGAGGGUACAGUGGGCAUUGCAAGAGGAUAUGAUUAUGAUAUUCAGUCACAGAGACCUUAA